CAAUGUCUUCCAUACAACACUCUCUUUACAUAGAGUCCAAUAACAGGGUGGGGGGUAUGCACUCCUCUAUAGCGGCUGCUCAAGUUUUAUAAAUUGUCUUAUCAAAAUAUGCAUCUAUAAUGUUCUGUUUUUUAAUUAUUCUUUUUUUUUCUUUCUCUCACAGUUCAGUGCGUUAUUGCAUGUAGCCCCAAUGGAGUCUGUAAAAUGACAAAAGAAUCAAAGUGUAAAUUUAUUUCCAAUUGGAAGGAAUCGAGGGACACUGAGCACACACGACAAAGACGGUUCUCCGGCCACCAAGGUACCGGAGGAAAUGGCAAUAACCCGAACUUGAGGCAGUUAUUUUUUGCAAAAUCAAUCCCAUGUAACAACGCGUUGAGGUGUGGGGGAAGAAAUGCUCCUGCCAUACUAUCAACGAAGGCGAAAAAUGCGGUACAAUGCUGCAUUGUAUGCCUACGACACCACCCUCCGUGUGCAUCAAUUUCCUUUGAAAGAACCACAAUGAUUUGUAAACUCUGGCCUCUUUGGGGCCUCCCCCAUCGUCCAAGUAGAAACACAGACUUCUAUUCAAUCAAGACAGAAUAUAGAGACUGCAGCCAGAUCGCUGCUAAUCUACCCAGAGCGACCUCUGGGACAUAUCCGGUUACUGAUGGAAAGGAAACGUUUCUUGUGAAAUGCGAAAUAGCGAAUAAUGAAGGAUGGACUGUUUUGCAGAAACGGGAAAAUCAUAACUUCAACUUUAACAGGACCUGGAGGGAAUACAAGACAGGGUUCGGUGACAUUAACGCCGACCUGUGGAUGGGCAACAUGUUCAUAAACAGGUUGACGACAGAGGCAACAUUUAGUGUCAAAAUACAGCUAUAUACAGAAGCGGGAGAGUUGUUCACAGCAACCUACAAUUCAUUCAGAAUAAAGGACGAAAGUAACAACUAUGAGCUGGAACUAGGAUCGCCUAUAGAGAGCGAUGCAGGCCACGUAUUAUUUUAUGAAGACGGUGAAAGUUUCUCAACAUACGACAUUGAAGACAAUAACUGUGCCUUAAAACAUGGUGGUGGUUGGUGGUUUCAUUCAUGUUCGUAUUCGUGCAUUUUAAAUGGACUGUUCGGUACUAGCUUUAAAUGUAAUCUUGAUAAUAAAGAUCAGCUGUUGAGAAGCUCGGUAAUGAUGAUAAAGCGUGGGUGAAGGUCAGUUCGUCUAUUUUGGGGAAUCUUUGUAAGUAAUACUUAGGUACUGAUACCAAAUGUCGCGAAAGAUCAAUGACUAUACGAAUGUUUCAAAGUUUCAAUAGUUUUUUUCUCUUUAUUUUGUCAGCUGCUUAUUUGCAUUAAGUGUAUUUUAAAUGUAUAUUAAUAUAAAAAUUUAAAAAAAACUUAAGCACUAGUAAUACAUAUCAGAAUUAUAGUUUCUACAAUAUGCGCUAUAUAAGCGACAAUUAUUAUUAGGCCUAUUAUUAUAAUUUUAAAUUAUUUUGUACGGACUUUAUAUAUUAUAUUCUUUUCUUAUAUAAUUUUUUGUUUUAGCUGAUCAUAUUAGUGCUUAUCUAUUACUUUUCUCUCUUUGUUCUUUUCAUGUCUUAUCCAUAACUUUUUUCAUCCUAUCUUUUCAU